GACUACAGUAGCUGUAGGUUCUUUUCUUGAGGAGGAUUGCUAUUUGUUUAACUUUUUCAAUGGUUUAAUAAGUAAAAUUGGCCGUUAAUUAAAGGAUUACUUUUACAAUGAAGGUAACAACUACCAUGGAUUCGUGUUCAGCGAUACGGCACGGUUUAGUGCUGUCACUUUGUUUUUUAUAUGCAACGGCUUUAAUUCAGUCACCACCGAGGAUAGUGAAGCAGCCACCCACCGAUGAGUUGUUGUUCCAAGUAGCUCAGCAACAAAGUGAAAAUGAUAAGCCAUUUAUAAUCGAAUGUGAAGCAGAAGGUGAACCAGCUCCCAAGUAUCGUUGGAUAAAGAAUGGGAAGCAUUUUGACUACCAAUCGUAUGACACGCGUAUGUCUCAGCAGCCUGGUCGAGGAACACUCGUGAUUUCUUCUCCCAGGGAUGAGGAUCUGGGACAAUACCAAUGCUUUGCAGAGAAUGAGUGGGGGGUUGCCACUUCGAACUCUGUGUUUGUCCGAAAAGCUGAACUCAACUCAUUCAAAGAUGAGCUACCGACCUCUGUAUCUGCUCAGGAAGGUGAACCCUACAAGCUGACAUGCCAGCCUCCUGAUGGUUGGCCGAAGCCCAAUGUUUACUGGCUGAUACAGAAUGCUGAUGGCGGAAUCAAAAGCAUUAACAACUCCAGGAUGACUGUUGAUCCUGAAGGGAACCUCUGGUUUACGAACGUAACCCGCUUCGACUCAAGCAACGACUUUGUGUAUGCAUGUGCUGCAUACUCUUUCUUCAGGAACGAGUACAAAAUUGGAAACAGAGUGCUGUUGAACGUUCAAGAAACAGGAGCUUCUGCUGCUCAAAGCAAGCAUGAGCCAGUGCAGCAGUACGUCACGAGGAAGAACGAAGUGGCUUUGAGGGGGAAGAAAGUGGAACUGUACUGCAUAUUUGGCGGGACACCUUUACCACAAACUGUGUGGACGAAAGAUGGUCGACCGGUGCAUUCUUCUGAUCGAAUAGGCCAGGGGAAUUAUGGCAAAAGUUUGAUUAUAAAACAUGUGAACUUUGAUGAUCAGGGCACUUACACUUGUGAAGUAAGCAAUGGUGUUGGAUCUGCAAAGUCUUAUUCCAUAAACUUGAAAGUCAAUGCCGCUCCAUACUUCACGGUCGAGCCAGAGAUAAUAAACGCAGCAGAGGAUGAGACAGUUGAGUUUCGCUGUGAAGCGUCUGGGGAACCGAAGCCCCAGAUCAAGUGGAUCUACAACGGCAUGCCCAUCAGCCAGGCUCCCCCCAACCCUCGUCGCACUGUCAAUCCGAACAGCAUCCGGAUCGAGAAGCUGGACAAGACUGACACUGCCAACUAUGGGUGCAAUGCAACCAACAGCAUUGGUUACGUCUACAAAGAUGUUUACGUCAAUGUUCUAGCUCUGGCCCCUGAGAUCACGGAACCUCCUAGGAACGAAGCGACUGUGAAUGGCCGCAGUGUCACGCUACAAUGCAGAGUGUUUGGAGCACCUAAGCCACUAGUGAAGUGGGUGCGAAAUGGUUUGGAGUUGACCGGGGGCCGGUACACGGUCCUCGACAAUGGCGACCUCGAAAUAAAGGCAGUGGAUUUCUUAGAUGAUGGUCAGUAUACUUGCUAUGCUGUGAACAAGUUUGGAAAUGCUGAAGCUUCUGGCAGCCUGGUGGUGAAAGAGCACACGAAGAUCACAGACGAACCAGAAGAUUACGAAGUAGCCGCAGGAACAACUGCAACAUUCCGUUGCAAUGCUGUGUCCGACCCAACGCUCACCCUCGAGAUCGGCUGGCUCAACAACGGCCAGGAAAUAGAUUUUGAGUCCGAGCCACGAUUUGUAAAAUCUUCAGAUUCAUCACUAACCAUCACUAAAACAACAGAGCUUGAUUCCGGAUUAUACACGUGUGUUGCUCGGACAGAGCUGGAUGAAGCCACCGCUCAAGCCACUCUUACAGUCCAAGAUGUUCCAAAUCCUCCAAGGCUCGAUGGUAUAACGUGUAACAGACGUGAUGCAACUUUGAACUGGCACCCAAUGGGUGACAGGCGUGCUCCAAUCCUGCGGUAUAUAAUUCAGUACAACACUAGCUUCACCCCUGAUGUCUGGGAGGUUGCUUUCGAUUCCGUUCCAGCCACGGACAUGACGUACACUGUGGGGAUGAGCCCUUGGGCAAACUACACUUUUCGUGUGAUCGCAGUCAAUAAGAUAGGCAGAUCUAUUCCAUCUUCUCACUCUGCCAUAUGCACGACUCAGCCCGAUGUUCCGCACAAGAAUCCCGACAAUGUUGAGGGCAGAGGGACAGAACCCACCAACCUGGUCAUCAGCUGGACUGUGAUGCCGGAAAUCGAGCACAAUGCACCGAGGUUUAUGUACCGUGUGUAUUGGAAGAGGGACAUUGCGGGAGAGCCAUGGCAGUCGGAAGACAUCUUGGACUGGCAGCAGAACAGCCUGGUGAUACAGAAUCAGCCCACCUUUCAGCGCUACCGAAUCAAAGUAGUUGCCAUCAAUGAGAUGGGCGAAUCUAAUGUCUCUCCCAAGGAAGUGAUAGGAUACUCUGGAGAGGACGUGCCGACACAAGCUCCUCAAGACUUCACGCUGGUGCAGGUAACUGGAAGCACAAGUGCUCUGUUGAGCUGGAGCCCGGUGCCGCCGGAAACUGUGCGAGGGCACUUCAAAGGAUACAAGAUUCAAACCUGGACUGACAGAGACAGGGAAGAAGGUAUGCGUGAGAUUGAUGUGAAGGGUGACUCUACUAGAUCUCUGGUCACCAAGUUUGUCCCCAACUCCAAGAACUAUGCCCGAGUUCUGGUGUACAAUGGUCGUUACAACGGCCCUCCGAGUGAAACACUCAGUUUUGACACUCCUGAAGGUGUUCCAGGAACAGUGGAAUUCUUCGAAGCAUACCCCAUGGGAUCCUCAGCGCUGUACUUGAUAUGGAAACGUCCAGAGCAGCCAAAUGGCAACCUUACCGGAUACAGAAUCUCGUACCAGAAAGUUGUAGACACAAAAGUUGGGGAACUGAAGGUACUCCCCAUUGAAAAUCCAAAGCAGACUCGCGCCAAGUUGGCAGGACUGGAGCCGGCCACCAAGUAUCGCAUCCACAUCAACGCGACAACGCGGGCUGGUGCCGGAGAGGGCUACUUCAUCGAGCAGAAGACUCGCCCUGCCAUGGCCGUGAAGCCAGACGUGCCCAAGUUCACGUGGCACCACUUGCCAACGGAGAACGGCUAUGCCACCAUCAAGGUAGUGUGGCUGCCCAAUGUUAUGGAAGGCCGUCCGGGAUCUCACUUCUUCGUCAAGUACAGACAAAAGGGUGAAACAAUAUUCCAAGAAUCAGAACCAGAGAUGAUUGAAGAUUUCAUAAUAGUGAGGGGUUUGAUGCAAGGUGAAAUUUAUGAUUUUCGGGUAGUUGCUGUUGAUGGUGACAAAAUGACUGAGAGUGAACCAGAAGAAGUGGAAACAUACAGUGUUGUUGAAGGUCCCAUCAUCCAACCAAAAGAAAACGUGGCCACAGCUGGCUGGUUCAUCGGCAUGAUGCUGGCCAUCGCAUUCUUGCUGUUGGUACUGAUCAUCGUGUGUAUAAUCAAGCGCAACCGCGGCGGCAAGUACGCAGUGCACGAGCGAGAGGCGGCACAUGGCCGCAAUGACUACCCUGAGGAGCCUGGAUUCCACGAGUAUUCCCAGCCCUUGGAUAACAAAUCUCAUGGCAGGGGUUCCAUGAGCAGUGAUCCUAAACAACCACCAGAGAGCGACACUGAUUCAAUGGCAGAGUAUGGUGAUGGAGACACAGAGGGAAUGAAUGAAGAUGGCUCGUUUAUUGGCUUGUAUGGCAGACAGAAAAAACAGCCAGAGACGGCAUCUGGUGGGUUUGCUACACUUGUGUAGAAGCCAUUACCUUGUGGUCAUCCAAGAGCCGCUUCACUGAAGAUGGCUCGUUUAUUGGUCAGUACGGUCAAGGCACCAAGAAGAGACAGGAUGAGCAGUCGCCGUCGGCUAUUGCCACCUACGUGUAGAUUUGGAUACCUUAUGAAGCAAAGUGUUUUAUCUCUCUGAGGGAUGCCUAGCAUGGAUACAUGUCCGUGUCCCAUAACUUCUGUUGCUGGCGGCCAUAUUUUCGUUCUAAAAUGAGGUGGAUGAUCUGUAAGCUGAAUGAAGAAAAUGUUUUUGUUUGGCAUCUCAUGUCAUUCUUAGAGCUAAGUUUUACCUGCAAUAGAAAGCCUGUUUGUUGGAAAAAUAGCCUCUUCAAUUGUUUAUGCUAAUGAAUGGAUAGUAAAGUUUGCAAAUUUUAAAUUUUAAUCUCAAAGAUUUAUUUCAGUAAUCUCUAUUUGCAUUGUGUGUGUGUUGUUGCAAACUGUUACAUAUAUUUAAUCUCUUGCUUUGGACAUUGAUGGAAAAGAAUCUCCACUAUCUUCUGCACUGGAAGGUAAAACAGUGACAGCUUUACAGAAACUUUCAGCAGCUGUGAAUACUCUUUCUGGAAGAUUAGGUGGUGUUUUAGUGAACCUUUCUGAGAUAAUUUUUGGACCAUAUUGGGCCAAAUAUGUUCAAGAGUGCACGUCAAGAUUGUUUGCAAAUGAACAUAAUAGGUGUGUUGUAUCUUGACGUAGAUAUGCUCUACACACUAGCCAAGCUGAAUGUUUGCGCACGUAUGAAGUAGGUUGUGGUCACGAGUGAUUGCCAUCGGUGAAGGGCUUCUGCACGCUGUAUUAUUUAAGUUUUUUCCUCCUUGUUGACGAUCGCAACAUAACACUGUGUGAUGUGAGGAAGCUUUAUCUUGUAAAUUGUUCCAUGGCACCAUUUCCAUGUACUAAAAGCACUGUAGACGUUAGUUAUUGCACUUAGAUGCUUGUAGUUACCAGGUUGGUAAAGAAUUCUAUACAAAUAUAUAUAUUAUGUGCAGAUGUUUUUAUGCCUCACUAUGCACUGCCCUCUUGCUAUAUUGCUAUAUUAUAUAUUUAAUAUUAUAAUGAAAGUAUAAAUUUUCUUGUUAUUGUACAGUGAAAUGGUGUAUAUGAGUUAUCUGCAUGAAUGUGUAAUGGAAGAUCAAGAUGCUAUAUAUCACGGCAGUGUUUCUAAAUUCAGUUAUGUUGUGCAGGAAUAUAACGAAAGAUAAGUUAGACCAGUAAGGGCCACUACCUUCUGUCCUUCAUGCAUCGGUAUUCCUGCUCUUGUGCUUGGCAUAAAUUAAACAACUUUGUGUUUUACUUGUAGUGUUAAAUGAAUGGUUACAAAAAUGUUUAAUAAUACUAUGUAGUUCUACAUCACAUUCAAUUUUUAACUUUUAAUUAUUCGUUUAUUCAUUUUUCAGGACUAUUGGCCUUAUUUUUAUUGUUGCAACAUUUUUGAUGAUUGAAAAUUUAUAAUUUGUUUCAGUACAAAAUAUGUUCUUAAAUCCAUUUGCAUUUAGGUAAAAAAAAAAGUCAUUCACAUAAACAAUUGCCAUAUCUUUAAUUUUUAAUUAUAUUGUUUUAAGAUUCAGUCCAAAUUAAUCUAAAACACUUCAUUAUUAAAAAUAAUAAUUUUUGUAAAUAUAAAUUGUCCACUUUAUUUGUUAGCUAACUGCAGAAGUAAUUACCAAAUUACCUUCUCGAAUGAUAUUUUAUGUUUCUUUCGAUCAGGAAAAUUUAAUUUAUAUAAAUUUUUCUUUACAAUGCUUUCCAAAUAAAGAAUAUUACUAAAUUUUGCAUCUAAAAAUGUUAUUUUAAAUUUUAAUAUUUAGGUUUAUUCUUAGAGAUUUUCUUAUCUUGUUUAAACAUUUGGCUAUUGGUACUUGCAUUUUAACUGAUGUUGAUCAAAUUUAAUUUAAGAUAAUCAAAAUAGAAGAGAGUAUACGUUGACUUUUUGAAGUGUUGCGUUUAACUGUUUUGAAGAAGUGAUCUGUAAAUAUGUUGUGAGUUAUGCACUAUUGGCAGCUUUAAUGAUAUAUACAUCAUUGUGUGCGAUGUUAGAAAUGUUUUUUGGCUUAAGUGUGACAGGGUUUAAGUGUAAUCAUAGAUCCUUUAAAAUGCUGUUUUUAAUGAGGGUGUUUUUUUUUUUUUUUCCUGCUUUUUAUAUGUGAAUACAUCUUAGGACAAAGCUUAUUUUACACAUUCACAUUUUAGUGCAGGAAUGUUUACUUUAAAUGUCACAUGGGUGGUUUGUGCAGCUGUUGUGUUUUCUCUGUAAAGGUUGUGUAUCAUAAAGUAUUUUGUUAUUUGUGAAGGAUUUCAGCCAGCAGCAACGUCUCGUCUACUUUAUGUUGAACAUGAACAUAUGAAUCUCUCUGUGUAUGACUUGUUAAAGUGUUGUUCCUCAAUGACUAACAUGAUUAUAUAUGUUAAAUUUGUGCUAUGUACCUAUAGUAUUUGAAACAUUUACCUGAUGUAUAGCAUUGAGAGUAUGGGGUACGUAAACUAAUGCCACGAGUGGUGUGGUAUACUUACAGGUCUACAAAUUUAAUUAUGUUAAAUGUGUGUCUUGUUGUAUAGAAGCAUAUGCACUCAAAUAAGUUACAUACAUUUUUUGUAAAGCAAAGAAAUUUUUAGCUUUUUAUACCUACAAUUUUUUAUUCUUAUUUUAUAAAGAAGUAAAGUUACUUUCAGUAUUUCUCAUCCUACAUUCAUCUCAUUAUUAAGCAUUGUAACAUGCCAUAUUGCAGAGUAGUAUAUUUUGUUUUUGAUGUAGAAUCAUUGAUAUGACAGCUUUUCCUAUAUAUUUUUUGUGGUCAUUUGAGCAAGUGCCUUAUCAAGGCAUUGUUGUGCGUGAGUGUGUCAUCUUGUGAUUAUCUAAAUCUAAAAGUAAUUGGGAACCUGGUUUAAGGAAUGCACGUAAUGAUUGUGCAUAUUUUGAGGGUAGUUAGCUUUCAGAACUGUAGUUUCUCCAGCACACUAUGAGCUCUCCUAACUCCUCCUUUGCUGUUUUAAUUGGUAAAAGCACUGUGGCCACACACAGUGUAAGCUAUUUUGUAGCACAUAUGUCGGAGAACUCUGUUAUGUAUCUAGGAAGUGUGGUUUUAUUUACAGUUGCAGCAGGUCUGUUUUGAUAAGUUUUGCUUUGGCCCAAUUUUUGUCCUACUAAGUCAAAUUACAAGAACAUUACCAACUAUUUUUUGUAUCCUUGUGACAAAUUGUGUUUUCAGUUACAGGAAAUAUUUGUUGAAAACAUGUUGUAUUUGGGGGGGGGGGGGGGGGAAUAGUUUCCAGAUGAAAGAAGAUGAGUUAUUUUAUUACCUUUAGUAUUUUUAUAAGCUUUGCAAUUUUUUUUUUGAAAGGCAAUGUUACAUUACAAGCCAUGGAUUUGUUGUUGAGCAUGUGAUUUUAAACUGUGCUUAUAGUUAUUUAUCUGAAAGAUGCACAAUGUGAAAAGGGGAAAAAAGUAGAAUAAUUUUUUUCACAUAAUUUUGUACAUGUUUUAAAAUUUAUUCAUCUAUGAGGGUAGUUAUUUUCUAUGUCACAGUGUGGUUUGAUUACAGUAAGCUUUCUGGGAAAGUGUUUGACAUAACCACAUUACCUACUGUUUUAUUAUAGCGUGCUGUACAUUGUAGAAGCAGUAAGUAGUGUCAUCUUUUAUGUUUGGCCGCUAAGAGCAAAUGCAUUCCUUAUUAAGCAAAGAGCAUAGUGAAAUGGUGACAUGUGUUUCUGUUGCUAACUCAUUGCAGUAUACAAUUUUAUGAUAUAUUUGCUUGUAUGAAAUUCAUUGACAUUGUGUUGACUUUUUUUUUGCAUAAUUUUGAAAUAACUGUAUAUUUUUUAUUUUUUAGCAUUUUAUUAAAAAUAAAUAAAUACAAAUUU